AUGGCUGCUUCCUACACACUUCCCUCGUCCGCGCUACCUCAUGCUCACCAGAAACAUAUGCAUUCGCAUUCCCAAUCGCAGUCGUCGCUGAGUGCCUGGAGGGCCGGCUCGACCGAGAAUCUCGCUCCCGCCAUCGAGGAGCAUCAGGACGAGACUUUGAACGACCACACGCACUCGCACACACACACGCACUCGCACUCGCACUCGCACGCCCACCAUGCCCGAACCGGAUCACAUGUCUCCAAUCGCGGCACUGCUCUCACCAGAGACCGUCCGCGCCCUGCCUCGCUCGACGUCAUGGACGGCUGGACACACGAGAAGACGAUGAGCGGCAAGAGCAUCAUAGCGCAUGAUGGUGAGCUUACCUCGGCGACGCCAUACUCGCCACCACGACAGAUGCACAAUACCUUGCACACCCUGCCGCACGACGCCAAUGCCGAGCGCUCCAUGUUCACCGCGGCUCUGCUACCAUAUACCGCCAAGUUCCCUAUUAUACAUGCGAUAAUGACGGAAAAAGACUCGAGGAGAAUCUUCUAUUUCAUGAUACUCAAUUUCAGCUUCAUGGCUGUUCAAGCCUUCUACGGUUACCUGACCGACUCGCUUGGUUUGCUGAGUGACAGCAUUCACAUGUUUUUCGACUGUGUUGCCUUACUCGUUGGCCUCUUGGCCGCCGUCAUGAGCAAGUGGCCCCCUAGUCAAAGAUUUCCGUACGGCUUUGGCAAAAUCGAAACACUCAGUGGCUUUGCCAACGGUAUCCUACUCAUGCUAUUGAGUUUGGAGAUUGGCUUUGAGGCUUUUGAGCGACUUUGGGAGGGCACGAAAACGAAACGACUCGGCGAGCUUUUCAUCGUCAGCUCGCUCGGUCUCGCCAUCAACCUCGUUGGCAUGAUGGCUUUUGGCCACCACCAUCAUCAUGGUCACAGCCACGGCCACUCGCACUCUCAUUCACACGCCCAAGACCACGGACACGACCACGGGCACAGCCACGGGCAUUCGCAUUCGCACGACCUUCCUGAAGCCAAGCCUAGCGGAGGAUGUGGCUCCCACGACAACGAAAAUAUGCACGGAAUUUAUCUGCACAUCCUUGCGGAUACGUUAGGCAGUGUUUCGGUUAUUGUCUCUACGGUGCUAACCAGUUUUUGGGGUUGGUCCGGCUGGGACCCCCUUGCUUCAUGCUUCAUUGCCACUUUGAUCUUUCUCUCUUCGCAACCGCUUGUUAUCUCUUCCGCGAAGCGGCUGCUACUCAGCGUACCAGAAGACACCGAGUACAACCUACGUAAUGUCCUCGGCGGCAUCCUUCAGCAGCGCGGUGUUGUGGGCUACUCGGUGCCCAAAUUCUGGAAGGACGACAGAUCAUGGGGCGACGAGGGCGACAAGCUUGUCGGUGUUGUUCAUGUUACCACUGGCUUCGGCUACGCCUUUGAAGAUGUACGUGAUCGCGUACGCCACUAUCUGCUCAAGGAAGGCAUCGAUGCCGUCGUGCAAGUCGAGCGCGAGGGAGAUAACUCGUGCUGGUGCUCGCGCGAGCGUGGGCUGACGCAACCACACACGCCCAAGUCGUUUUAG